AUGCGCCAUAUUGGCAGUCUCCUCCAUCUCAGCAAGCGUCGGGCAUGCACGCCUCUAACCGGUUAUCGAGGAGACGUUUGUAAAUAUUUACUGUGGUCUGCCAGUCGAAAUACAACACUAUGGAGGCGGUCAAAGCCUUUAACAAUGAGCUGUACUCAUUGAAUGAGUACAAGCCCCCCAUCUCCAAGGCCAAGAUGACUCAGAUCACCAAGUCUGGAAUAAAGGCUAUAAAAUUCUACAAGCAUGUUGUCCAGAGUGUAGAGAAGUUCAUACAGAAGUGCAAGCCAGAAUACAAAGUCCCGGGGCUGUAUGUCAUCGACUCGAUCGUCAGACAGUCCCGGCACCAGUUUGGCACAGAGAAGGACGUAUUUGCCCCGCGCUUCAGCAAGAAUAUCAUCUCGACGUUCCAGCACCUCUAUCGCUGCCCUUCAGAUGAUAAGAGUAAGAUUGUGAGAGUCCUGAAUCUGUGGCAAAAGAAUGCGGUUUUCAAGAGUGACAUCAUCCAGCCUCUGUUGGAUAUGGCGGCGGGGAUUCCUCCUCCCAGUGUCACACCCGUCAUGCCCAGCAGUGCUGCCCCGGUCAACAACACUACACCCGGGACCCCAGCUACACCGGCCACUCCAGCCAACAUAGUGCAGGGUCUGCCUGACUGGGCUUCGCAGAUUACCAACACCGACACUGUGGCUGCCGUGGCCCAGAUCUUGCAGAGUCCCCAGGGACAACAGCUCCAGCAGCUGGUGCAGAGUCUGCAGAUGCAGCAGCAGAAGCCCCAGCCGUCCCUGCUGCAGGCCUUGGAUGCUGGCCUAGUGGUGCAGUUGCAAGCUCUGACAGCUCAGCUCACUGCGGCAGCUACUGCCAACAGCCUCAACCCCCUGGAGCAGAGGGUCUCCUCUUUUAAUAAGAAACUUUUGGGUCCUUUUGACUUCGGGAACGAUUCAGAGCGUAACGAAGAAUCUAAAAAGGACAGCUCAACAUCUCAACUGCCCAUGGUGUCGGAGCCCAUUAACAGCUCCCUCUUCCAUCAGUUGGCUGAGCAACUUCAACAGCAAAACCUGGAGCAGUUUCAGAAGCAGCUGCUGGAGCAUCAGCAGAAGGCAAUGAGCAUAGAAGGGCAGGACUCGAUCUUUGGGCAAGAGAACUCAGUUUCGAAUGCUCAGAGCAGCAGCCAGCCUCAGCUUCCAGAGCCAGACAAUAAGAUCGACGACUCCAUAGACAACCAGCAGCAGGACAUGGAUCUAGACGAAGGCCCGGAUGGGAUGGAAGAGGAGAUCUUUGAGGCUGAAGAGAAGAAGACCUUGAACACACGGUCUAGAACAAGGUCAAGGUCACGCUCCAGAUCUCCAAAGAGGAGGAGGUCUAGGUCGCGCUCCGGCUCACGGAAACGCAAGCAUCGAAAACGGUCGCGGUCACGCUCUAGAGAUCGCAAGAGGAAGUCCUCGCGGUCUUAUUCUAGUGAGAGACGCGCCCGAGAACGAGAGAAGGAGCGGCAAAAGAAAGGACUUCCUCCCAUACGGUCCAAGACUCUCAGUGUGUGCAGCACAACUCUGUGGGUGGGCCAGGUGGAUAAAAAGGCCACUCAGCAAGACCUCACCAAUCUGUUUGAAGAGUUUGGCCAGAUUGAAUCCAUCAAUAUGAUCCCUCCCAGAGGUUGUGCCUACAUCUGUAUGGUCCACAGGCAGGAUGCUUACCGUGCCCGUCAGAAGCUCAGCACCGGCACGUUUAAGAUCGGCUCCAAAAUCAUCAAGAUUGCGUGGGCUCUGAACAAAGGUGUAAAGCAGGAGUACAAGCAGUUUUGGGAUGUGGACCUGGGUGUCACGUACAUACCUUGGGAGAAGGUGAAGCUGGAUGACCUGGAUGGCUUCGCCGAAGGAGGAAUCAUCGACCAGGAGACCGUCAAUGACGAGUGGGAAGCUGCCAAGAAUACUGAACAAGCCAAGGAAGCUGCAAGUCAGCCAGUGAGCACUGAGACUACAGCAGCAUCCAACACCCAAACCGAGACCUUCAACCAGCAGGUUACCAUGAUGCCAGUGCAGCUUCCGGUUGCACAGGCGGUUCCCAGCGCGGUCGGUUUGGUGCCUCCUGCCUUCCCUGUCACCAUGGGCAUACCUCCGCCAGGCUAUGGGCCGCCGCCACCCUUCAUAAGGGCCAGCUUCAAUGCCUCACAGCCUCCGCCAGGUUUCAUGCAGGCUGCUCAGACAGCAGGGAUGGCCUCCGCAUCUGCCUCUCUGGUCCAGCCUUCAGUGGGCUCCGGCCAAGAUGCUGUCAAGGAUUCACCGUUCGCUGCUAUGAUUCCUCCAACAAGCACCAUCCCGGGUAGCUUCAUGCCCUCGGCUAUCCCAGGAGCUGGCGUGUUCAACCCAGUGGGAGUGCAAACUCAGCAGGCCGCUAAUGAGAAAACACAGUCUGCAGAGGGCAUGGAUGCUACUGCAGAGCUCACGCUGCAAGGCAUGCAGAACGCUGUCCGCAGUGGAAUGGGUCUGCUGGGCAUGCACCCUACAGCUUCCCUCACCCACCCCCUGCAUCAGUCUGGACUGAGUGGGCAGAGGAUGCCCGGCCUGCUGCCUUUGGAUGUGCGCCCCAACCUGCUCCAACCCGGAGCCGCUGCUCGCUUCCCGCUGCUCAUGCAGCAGGCCCAUGCCCAGCAAACCCCCGGCCUCCUAGACGGUCCAAUCCAAGCUCAAUCCCGCCCCAGGGCUCCCUUCCCUCAGCUGGACCCCUUCCACCGGCCCCCCAACAUAACCAGUGAAAAUGUAUCCAAAACAGAAGAUGAGUCGUCCUCCGGAGCCGACGAGGGCAAAGACCAGGACUACCGCUUUCCUCCGAUGGAAAAGCAGAGCACGGGUCUGCUGCGGACGCCUCCCCCAGAGCAUAGGGAGCCCCUUGCAGGAUCAGGAGCAGGCGUGAGACCACCUUUGCUCCAGACCCCAGGUACUCAGCCAGCCAGAUCUAGCCUCGUAGGCCGUCUGCAGGCUCUUGCAGGGUUUACACCCGAUAACCGCUGGAACCAAGCCAGAGGGGACUUUGAUGAACGUGACGGCAUGCGAGGAGGCCCCCAGGCCCCAGGUGGUCCAAAGGGCUUCCCGGAGGCUGGUCCCACACCUGGGCAGAACUUCCCCAGCCGCUUUGAUAACCGUCCCGGGACAGCAGCCGGUGUUUCUGUAAAUGCCGGAGCUGUUGGGGGGCCACAGGCUUGGAAUCGUAGCGGUAACGUCGCAGCUCCUUUUGAGAGCGAGCUCCAUCAAGACCUAGAUGAAAGAAGACGCCCAUGGGACAGGCAAAGAGAUAGAGAUGAAAGAGAUUUUGACUUCAGGAGGGAGAUGAAUGGAAACCGCCGCAGCCGCGAGAGGGAGCGCGAGAGAGACAGGGGCCGCGACCGCACCAGAGAACACGAACGCGAGCGAGACCACGACAAAGAGAGGGACCCCGAGUCAGAAACCCCAACUCCAUCCGAGGCCCCCCAGGCGCAGCCGACACCCUCGACGCUUUCGCGCGACCCGUCAUCUGACGGCGAAGGUCAGAGCACAUUGACCGAGGCGCCUCCAAAGUCAGAGUCGCCGCCACAACCAGAGACUUCUCCACGCACAGAUUCACCAUCCCAGCCUAUAGCCCAGUCCGCCUCUCAGACCACUGCUUCUUCUGACAGUGACACCCCUAGCCACGCCUCACCACCUGCUGAGGCGUCGUCCCAGGACUCAUCCAUGGCCUUCACACAAGCUGCCAGCCCCCCCGAAGAUACGACUCACUCUGCGGAGGAGCAGAAAAGUGGACAGAAGGAUGAGGAGGAGUCACAAGAGAGACCCUCCUCUCCCCAACCGCAGGGGGUCAGUGGACCUGAGCUGGACAAUGAUCAGAGUGAGCCCGUGGAGGAUGCUGCAAGUCUGCCAGUGGUAGACACUGUCACAGACACUGAGGGGACAUAAUCAUCACUCAGUAGGUAAAAGAUCAUUUUGUAAAGUUGUCUCUUCUUCUCUGUACUCAUGUCAGCAAACUACCACCACCACACGGGACAUGACGAUUACUGACUCACACUGUCUGAUAACAAAUGAUUUUAUCCUCACAGAAACCAGUGUACUUAAAUAGAAGGCUCAUUAGCUGAUUUAUGGAUAGAGACUUUUGUUUGUAUUUUAUUUCCUUUUUUCCUUUUUUUAAGUUGUAAUGCCACACCACCCAUUUUAAUUAUGAGCUUGGUGAAUUUUAUCAAAUUGCCUGCCAAAAUGUUUCAAUUGUAUAUGGGGAAAUUUAGCUUUGACCUUCCUAUGGAAGAGAGUAAGACAUCCUGGCUGUUCGACAACGGAUUGAUAUACUUGAAAAUGGCAGCUGUUGGCCCAAUUUCUGUCUCCUCUUCUUUUAAAAUGCUACUGCAAAGUUUUCAAUGAAUGCUUUUGUGGUGUCUUGCAAUGCUUUUUUUUUCCUUUUUUUUUCUCCUGAGCAGAACAAAUGGCCUCCAUACAUUAAAACCAGAACAGCUGCUUAUAAUUGGGAAAAAAAAUGAGCAUUUUAAAUAGAAAACAUGAAAAUGUUGUAUCCCCAAAAUAAAUGUCUGUAAUUUGUUUCUAAUUAUCCAGUGAACACAAACAGAACAUUACAUGCCCGGGGGAAGAAAAAGAAAAAGGAGCAGAGGGAUGUUCUGAUGUCGGCUGCAUAUUGUUUUAGUUUGAAAUAAACAUGCUUUGUCUGUUUAAAA